AUGAAUUCUGACUCCAGCUCCGUCUCCAGCAGAGCUUCCUCGCCCGACAUGGAGGAGAUGUACCUGCGGGACCACCACCACCAUCACCACCACCAUCACCACCAUCACUCGGUCUCCUCCACGCAGGGUGAGACGGGCCCGAAGGGCGCCUCCUCCUCCUCCAACGAAGCCCUGGCCCGCAACAGCUCCAAGGGCUCCUCGUCCUCCUCGUCCUCGUCCUCUUCUUCGUCGUCGUCCUCCUCGUCGGCGGCGGAGGCGGCCAAGUACAAGCUGAAGAAGCAGCUCUCGGAGCAGGACCUGCAGCAGCUGCGCCUGAAGAUCAACGGGCGGGAGCGGAAGCGCAUGCACGACCUGAACCUGGCCAUGGACGGGCUCCGCGAGGUCAUGCCCUACGCGCACGGGCCCUCGGUGCGCAAGCUCUCCAAGAUCGCCACCCUCCUCCUCGCCCGCAACUACAUCCUCAUGCUCACCAGCUCGCUGGAGGAGAUGAAGCGCCUGGUGGGAGAGAUCUACGGCGGGCACCACUCCGCCUUCCACUGCGGGAGCCACGCCGCCGCCGCCGGGCACCCGGCCCACGCCGCCGCCGCCCACGCCGCCCUUCACCCGGUGCACCCGCUCCUGGCCUCGGCCGCCAACCCGCCGCCCGCCCUGCCCACCCUCCGCGCCCCGCACCCGCUCCUCAAGGCGCCCCCCGCCGCGCCCCCACCCGCCUUGCAGCUGGGCGGGGGGGCCGGGGGAGGAGGGGCCGGUGGCGGGGGCGGGGGAGCGGGCGCCUUCCAGCACUGGGCCGGCCUGCCCUGCCCCUGCAGUAUCUGCCAGGUGCCCCCGCCGCCCCCGCCGCCCCCGCACCUCGCCGGCCUCUCCGCCGCCGCCGCUGCCGCCGCCAGCCUGGCCCGGCUCUCCUCCGAGGCCAAGGACCUGCUCAAGUGA